AUGCUGGAAACUGCCAGUCUGCAAGAACCUUGGUACGUCACCUGCGACGGCGACGUCACCUGCGAGUUCCGCGGAACCCCUGACGCCGUCACCAGCUGGACCAUCCGCGGCACUGGACCAUCCAGCGACGGCCGUGACGCCGUCACCAGCUGGACCAUCCGUGGCACUGGACCAUCCAGCGAAGGCCGUGACGCCGUCACCAGCUGGACCAUCCGCGGCCCUGGACCAUCCAGCGACGGCCGUGACGCCGUCACCAGCUGGACCAUUCGCGGCACUGGACCAUCCAGCGACGGCCGUGGCGUCGACUCUGCCAGUGCCGGAGACGACGGCGACGUCACCUGCGAGUUCCGCGGAACCCCUGACGCCGUCACCAGCUGGACCAUCCGCGGCCCUGGACCAUCCAGCGACGGCCGUGACGCCGUCACCAGCUGGACCAUCCGCGGCCCUGGACCAUCCAGCGACGGCCGUGACGCCGUCACCAGCUGGACCAUCCGCGGCCCUGGACCAUCCAGCGACGGCCGUGACGCCGUCACCAGCUGGACCAUCCGCGGCACUGGACCAUCCAGCGACGGCCAUGGCGUCGACUCUGCCAGUGCCGGAGACGACGGCGACGUCACCUGCGCCGCUGGUGUCAACACCGCAUGGACAUCAGCUGCGAGCUGGUAAACGGCGGUGGAGUGGAAGCAGAGCGCGCAAGCCACCAGCCAGCUGACUCAGAGCCCAGGGGGCGUUCGCCACCAACAUCCGCACGGCGCAGCUGCAGAGGUGAUUUCUGCCAUGGAGCAGCAUCCGCGGCUCCAUGACAUCAUCCUUCCAUCAUUCUCCAUCAUCAUUUCCGGAGCUCACCCGACGGCGGAGCUGGCGACGCCCGCGCCCCGCCUGGCCGUCCAGCCUGCGCGCUCCGCCGCGCGCCGCGGGCCCGGCUCGCCGAGACGUCCGGCUUAGGUCGGCGUUUGAGGCGCGGCGGGGGGCAACGUCUCUGUGCCCUGCUCCGGGUCCCCGCCGCCUGCGGUCUCUUCUGCUGCCGCCACUGAGGGGAACGGCUCUUCUUUGAAGACAUCAUCGGUCGACGGUGAUGCUGGCGGGCCGGUGGCGGCGUGCCCCGUCGGCAGCGCGCCUGGGGAGGACGCUGGUGACGACGAAUCUUCAUCGCCGUCGGCACCGGUCGCGAGCGAGUCGCUGUUUAGUUGGCCUGCUACUGUGCCAAAAAGUGCGACUGUGGCCAGACUGGUAUACGAUUUGUCAGUGCUUACGCCCCUCUUGCCGUGCCGGCCGUGCUCUUUGCCGUCUAUUGGGGAUGCGUUAGAGUUAUCGUUUUGGGGUUUAUACCGGUAUCAAGAUUGAUUUAAAAGAUGGAUUUCAUCACAUUUCUCGCGCACGUUCCACACGUCCUUUUGGUCUUUUGUAUGAUGGUAAAACGUGCUUAUACCUUUUCUCUGUUACCAAUGGGCCCUAUUAGGUACUGCAUCUCCUGCAUUAUUAGGUAGAGAUGCAGUACCAUUAUUAGGUACUGCAUUAUUAGGUACUGAAGGAGAUGCAGUUAGGUACUGCAUCUCCGAAGGAGAUGCAGUACCUAACAGAUGCUUUCAGUGAACUUGUAGAGUCGAGAUUUAACGUCAGGUGUUUGGCGUAUUUAGAUGAUUUUCUUUUCAUGUCCAAGGACGCUGAAUGGUAUCGCUGCGUUUCUGACUAGUGUUGGGUUGUGUAUUAAUUUCAAUAAAUUAGUUCUCGUUCCGUUGCAUGUUUUUACGUUUCUUGGUGUGUCGAUUGACUUUGGGCGUGAUUCUGCGCGUGUUCAGGAUAAUGCCUUGUCUUGUCACUAUUGCGGGAUGGCCGUGGUCCAAGCACAGUCGCUGUGACAGACGGUUCGAUGUGUCGACCAAUCAUGCUGCUUCGUUUUUGGCGCCUUGUGUGUUGUCCGGUCUGUCAAGACUCAGCUGGCUCAGUCUCGACUCUGGCUCUGGCUGGCUCAGUCUCAGUCUCAUCAGAGAGCGAAAGGAGCUGCGCGCGCGGCUGCAGCAAUUCAUCGGCGGCGGCGCUGUGAACGCUGUGUCGGCGGCGCGCGAACAGGAGCUGAUCGCGCUAAACGAGGACCGCCAGCAGCUUGUCCAUCUGCAGCAGCUGGUGUUGCAGCUGAUGGGCGGCCAGCAGCUGGCGGCGGUCGCUACCCCCCCCCCCGCCGGUCCUGUGUGCGGGGACCGCCGCGCCCGGCAGUGAUGGAGGGUACUAUGGCGGUGUUACAUUCCUAACUGUUGUCACAUAUCAACUGAGAACCGUCCGGCCGGAGGCAGUUAACGCCGGCCGGCACCUACUCACCGUGGCCGUAUUUUUUUAUAUGGAGAGAGGAGAGAGGAGAGAGAGGACAUCAGGUUGUCAGAGAAAUAAAGUGUAUAUUUAUUAUUUGAA